ACCUCAACAGUACACAAUCAUGGCUUCCAAGAAACAAACUUUCAUACUCCUCUUUUCCCUGUUUUCUUUCUUUUCCACCAUUCACUCCUCAAAUGCUGAUCAAUGUACAUCUAGCAGUAGUAUUUCCGUCUCUGUCUACUGGGGACAAAAUACUGCUGAAGGAACCUUGAAAGAAGCAUGUGACACUGAUAACUACAACAUUGUCAUCCUCCAAUCCCUCUUUCUCUUUGACGAUGGAAGCACACCUUAUCUUAACUUUGCCGGCCAUUGCGGAGGCGCACAUGACCCUUGCACCAAACUAGAGUCAGAAAUAAAGCACUGUCAAAGCAAAGGCAUCAAAGUUUUGCUUUCCAUUGGAGGAAUCUUCGUUCUACCAUCAUCACCCACCCGCCCCGCCAUCCCCUCAUUGGAGUAUGUUGUGCACGAGGCCGCAGAAUACCUUCGGGACAACUUUCUCAGUGGCCAUUUCGGUCCACUAGGAAGUGUCGCCUUGGACGGAAUCGACAUUAUUUCCGUUGCGGAAGGUAGAAACAUUCACUGGGAUGAGCUUGUUAAAGCGAUCAAUGAUGUGUCCCAAGAAAAAAAGGUUCUCAUAUCAGCAGCUCCACAGUGUGUUUACCCUGAUUACUUCCUUGACAAGGUUAUCAAAACCGGCCUUGUUGAUUACUUAUGGGUUCAGUUCUACCACAAUUCUCCAUGUGAGUAUUCAAAUGGCAAUAGUUUUAAUCUUUUUAGGGCUUGGGAGGAAUGGAGCUUAUCCGUUGAAGCCCAUAAUAUGUUAGUGUUUUUGGGGGUACCGGCAUCGCCUAACGCCGUGAGCAGUGGUUACAUUCCGCCGGAAGUGCUCAAGUCUGAUAUUCUUCCAAGCCUGAAGAAGUCAUCCAACUUUGGAGGAGUUAUGAUCUUUAACAGGUACUUCGAUAAGCAAACUGACUAUAGUGGCCACAUAAAAGGAAGUGGCUCAAAAAACUGUGCCUAUAAGUGUGUUUGCGAUGACACUGUCUCAAACUACCUAUCCUAUUGACCACUCAUAGAUCAGUUUUCGUCACAAAAUAAGCCAUAAUGGCAUGUGUGAGGAAUAAUUGUACUAGUACUGUGUAUGUGUGCGACCUUGCAUGUUUGAUUACAAUCAUGUAAAGAAGUUCGCGUUAAAUAAAGAUCUGUUUCAGUUUAUACAAUGUGAUUUCUAUC